AUCCCAUGAACAAUUCCAUGACCAAUCCCAUGAACGAUCCCAUGAACGAUCCCAUGAACGAUCCCAUGAACGAUCCCCCGAGUGAUGAUGAGUGAUCCCACAUGUGACCCCAAGAACGAUCCCACGAGCGAGCCGAGGCACCUCUCAGGGCUCUGGCAGGGCUCAUUCUCAUCUCGAACUCAACGAUCCGGGAGGUUUCUCCCGAUCCCAAGGAUCCCGCCGGUGACCCCGGCCUCGUUCCCCGCAGGCCCCGCACUGCGAGCACGCCUUCUGCAAUGCCUGCAUCACGCAGUGGUUCUCGCAGCAGCAGACGUGCCCCGUGGACCGCAGCGUGGUGACGGUGGCCCACCUGCGCCCGGUGCCGCGGAUCAUGCGGAACAUGCUCUCCAAGCUGCAGAUCACCUGCGACAACGCCGUCUUCGGCUGCACGGCCGUCGUGCGCCUCGACAACCUCAUGGCACACCUCAACGACUGCGAGCACAACCCCAAGCGGCCGGUCACCUGCGAGCAGGGAUGCGGCCCAAUCCCAAAAUCCCACCCCAAACCCCAUCCCUGUCCCCGCAGGUGGGUGAACUCCCUGCAGCCGGCGCGGGUGACGCGCUGGGGCGGCAUGAUCUCCACACCGGACGCGGUGCUGCAGGCGGUCAUCAAGCGCUCGCUGGUGGAGAGCGGCUGCCCGGCGUCCAUCACCAACGAGCUGAUCGAGAACGCCCACGAGCGCAACUGGCCGCAGGGGCUGGCCACGCUGGAGACGCGCCAGAUGAACCGGCGCUACUACGAGAACUACGUGGCCAAGCGCAUCCCCGGCAAGCAGGCCGUGGUGGUGAUGGCCUGCGAGAACCAGCACAUGGGCGAGGACAUGGUGCUGGAGCCGGGGCUCGUCAUGAUUUUCGCUCACGGCGUGGAGGAGAUCUGAUGAGGACGGGUGUGGGAGCCGCGGGGACGGCCUGCAGUCGGGUUUUUGGGUUCUCCGCUUGACUGGAGUUGUUUGAAAGCCGUCUCGGCUCCUUCUCUGUUUCAAGGAGAGAGGGGGAGCGGGGGCUCCACGCACUGCCAGACCCUCUCGGGGGUCCCCCCCCCCCAAAUCCUGCCUCACACCCGGUGCCCCCACCCAGGACAGCUCCGUCUCCUCGUCCCCCCUCUGGGAUUUCCACCUCGCUCGGUGGUGUCACCGACCCUGGAGUGAGGGGUCCUUGGCCUUGGGGACCCUCCUGUCCCCCCUCGCUUCGUGCAUGCCCCGUUCCCUGGCCCGGGAGCCGCCGGAUCCCCCCCGGGCAUCUCCCACCUCCUCCCAAUCCGUGUUUGGCUCUGCUUUCUCCGCCCUCGGUGUUACUUUUCCAGACACUCGUGAUUGUGGUUCUGUAUUUUUUUUAUUUUAUUUUAUUUUUUUUUUUAAUAUACUUUUAUUUUAUUUUUUUUUUUCCUUGAUCUUUUCUCAUUUUUACUCCCCCUUUUUGAUUUUCCGAGUACCGUGGGCAGGGCGCCUCUGGCCUGGGUCCGUGGGAUUCGUUGGGAAUUUAAUUUAUUUACAUUUAUUUUGUUGGAAUUUUUUUUUUUUUUUACCAUUGUUUCUCCUCCUGUGCCGAUGAUCCCUGUGGAUCCGGCAGGAGGCAGGGAUUGAAGUGAUCAAUAAACAGAAUUCUGGUUGCUUUA